AUGGGAAACUGUUUACGAUCGGAAGCCUCCGACGAUGAAAGUCUAAUAGAUAGCGAAAACUUAGGCGACGCACCGGUUCCAGCACAACAAGAGAAUGCACAACAGAGAAGCUCGCGACAGGGAGGAAAUCGACAGAGAAGGCAAAGAGGCUGGCGUAAUCGUAGACGCCAGCAACAGUAUGCCAGGGAACCGCCUGUAGUGCCAGACGCGACGCAGUACUUUCACUUUGGCGCGAAUGUGAUGGUGAGCAAUCUUUCGGAAGGAGAACAAAUUGCCGUUGCUCAACGACUCGGAAUGAUUCAAUAUCUACCCAUCACAAAGUGGACAAAAGAAGAAAAAGGAUCGGAAGAGUGCGCGAUUUGCUUUGAAGACUUUGAAGAAGGCGUGCCCAUCCGCUACUUGCCCUGCGUUCACUUCUACCACGCCAAAUGCGUCGACGAUUGGUUGAUCCGAUCUUUCACCUGCCCAACCUGCAUGGCUCCGGUCGAAUCUGGACUCCAAGCUUCCCUUUCCUCAGCCUGA